AUGCCAUAUUCUCUUUUCUCUGCUUGUAUCAGUCUCCGAGCGGUAGAGCAUAUCAAAUCAUCGGUCCGAGGUGGAGAAGAUGAGGGGGGAAGUGGGGAAGAUUUGGACUCAGAGUUGACGAAAGGACAGAACAAAGAUCAACAGCAUUCCGCCACGGAGGACGAGAAUGAAAAGACCAAAUCAGGGGGACUGAUACAAGCAGAGAAAAGAGAAUAUGGCAUCUCCAGCUUGAGUACAUGGAUGUUGUGGUUUCGUCGAGCUGGAGGGAUGUGCUUCUUUGUGACGCAGGUUCUUCUCUUCGCAGUGGACAAAGUUCUCUACGUGGCAGUGGAGUGGUUCCUAGCGAAGUGGACGGAAGGUGCUGUUGAGCCAGUCACUAUAUUCAACAUGGAGUUCCCAGCUCAGAUCGAUGGAUUGUCGGCGCAAGCGCAAUACCUGAAAGUCUACGCGAUACUCAUUUUACUGUUUGUCCUUGCGGCUUUCUUUCGGGCCGAGUGGGGGGCCAUUGGAGGUGUCCGUGCUGCUAAGAAUGUCUUCUACACAAUGCUAUCCAGUGUCCUGAAAGCUCCAAUGUCCUAUUUUGAAACUGUACCCAUGGGAAGAAUAUUGAACCGUUUCACUUUUGACACGGAUGUGAAUGAUGUGACUUUGAGUCAAGUCAUGUCCAUGUUCAUGCUGAGCUGCAGCUGGUAUGUAACCGGGGUGGCUCUGCAAAUUGCAAUUCUGCCCUGGACGGCGCUAGCCAUAGUCCCCGUUUCUGUCAUGUACUGGGUACUCAUGCUAUACUACCGAAAAUCGGGCCCAGACCUUCAAAGAAUCGAAGCCGUAAGUCGAUCCCCACUCCAGUCAAUGGUCAGUGAAUGCUUGGAUGGAGCAACCAGCAUUCGAGUAUUCCAACAGGAAGAGCAGUUUGUCACUCGAUACAGAGGAGUUGCGGAUAAGAACAGUUCAGCUCUGUUAAACUUUGUUUCAGCACAAAGAUGGGUGGGCGUGAGGAUGGAGAUGCUGGGGAGUCUGGUUGUUUUGGUUUCAUCGGUCUUGGUUGUAUGCUUGAACGAUGUAUUGAAGCUAGAGGCUGGACUGGUGGGGCUGCUUAUCAUGUGGUGUUCCAACUUCACCAUUACCCUGAACUUCUUGGUGGAUACAUUCGCAGAGGCAGAAGCGGCAAUUACAGCUGUUGAGCGGGUCGACGCCAUGUCAUCCCUGCCCAGUGAAAAACCCAUGGAAACCGAUGCUGAACAUCAACCGCCGUCUUCUUGGCCAACGCAGGGUUUGCUCGAAUUCAACAAUGUCAACCUCAGAUAUCGAGAAGGAUUGCCUUUGGUUUUGAAGAACCUCUCCUUCAAGCUUCCAGCAGGCAAAUCUUGCGGAGUAGUUGGGCGAACUGGGGCCGGGAAAAGUUCAAUAACCGUUGCUCUCUUUCGUCUGGUAGAGAUUGAGUCCGGGCAAGUGUUGCUGGAUGGAGUGGACCUUUGCCAGUUGGGUUUAUCAGACGUACGAGGACGAGGAAUGUCUAUCAUCCCCCAGGACCCCUUCUUGGCUGGAGCUACACUAAGGGAGAGCUUGGACCCAUUCCAGCUGCACACGGACGCUGAGAUAUUGGAAGCCCUGCAGUCAGUCCGGCUGGGCGCGAGCAACGCUGAGGAUGGGAAGCAACUAUUGUCUUCGCAGUUGGAGGAGGGAGGGUCCAAUUACUCCGUUGGUGAACGACAGCUGCUGAACUUGGCUAGGGCACUCUUGUCUCAACCAAAACUACUUGCUCUCGACGAAGCCACGGCUAGUAUCGAUGGAGAGACCGACGCUUUUAUCCAGAAGAUGCUUCGAACUCGCUUCCCGAACACAACUCUGAUCACAAUUGCGCACCGCCUGGAAACAAUAAUGGAUUAUGAUCUUUGUCUGGUGAUGGAUGCAGGCCAGGCAGUUGAGUUUGGUGCUCCAGCAGAACUGCUAGAUAUCCGCGGUGGUGUGUUGGCUGAGCUCGUGGACGCCACUGGAGCGGAAAGCUCAGAGGCACUACGAGGGUUAGCAAAAGAAGCUCAAUUGGCAAAGACUCAGGUUACAAGCUAG